CUGCAAGAUGACUCUUCCAAGGGCUUUUCAAGCUUUCUCUAUUAGUAUGAAUCCCAGCAAAAGCUUUGUUAAUAAUUUAUUACCUAAAAAGUUCCUUCUUUUAUGCUAUGAACCAAAGCUUCAGCCUCAAAACAAAGGUGGUGACUUCAGGAAAUUUCUCUUAACAUAGUAGAAAAAUCUCGUUCUGUAGUGCAGAAAUUAAAUAAACCAUAUAUUUCUGAGGUAUCCAAGAGUUUCAGGUGAAGAAAAAGAAGGGAGCGAGCUCUUCCUACGCUGAUAACUCUCUCCCUGAUAGGUUUAUAUAGCAGGAGAAAUUUAUCAAUAUUGGAAAUAUUUGGAUUUCUUGAGUAAACUAUCCAUCGUUCGCUUACUUAAAUUUCUACUGCUUCUUUCUUAGAUUUCUGCCUUUAAGACAAGGUUGGUGACUUUGGAUGCCUGACCUUGUUAAAACAUCAAAGAGGAAAGAUACAGGAUGUCUUGAUACAUUUUUAUUGCUGUAAAGCAACAUAUUUUGAGCAAAAUGCGACCUUGGUUGAAUUUAACAGGAAAUCAGUAAAUUUACUACCUCAAGCACCUUGCUCUUGAUCCCACUAAGUCUCUUAUAAUCCUUAAGAAUG